AUGAGUGCUGUGCGAUUCACGGCCAAACAGGUCCUAGAACAGAUAUUUUCCAAUGACUCUGACUGCGACGAGGAUGCGGACGAGGAAGCGUCCGAAGAAGAAGACGGGGAGGAAUACAACCCAGAGGACGAGGAGACCACAGAGGACGACGACGACUACGACGCCGCAGCCGUCGACGCCGCCGACGACGAGGACGAGGACGAUGUCCAAGUAGAAGAAGGUCAAGGCGUAGAAGACGAACGAGACGAUGACGACGACGACGACGACCAACAAGAAGAAGAAGAACAAGGGGAAGAAGAACAAGGGGAAGGUGAAGGAGAGCGAGGAGAGCGAGGAGACCUCCGCCACUGCCGCAGCCGCCGCCGCCGCCGCAGCAUCAGCCCCAGAACACAACACGAUAUCCCUCGAGUGGAAAGAGAGACAUUCGUGUCGAGAAACGGCCAAAUCCAAUGGUGCUCGGUGCCCUGUGACAACAAUCGCGGCGUCGGAGGGGCCGCCGCAGCGGCAAAAAGUAACAGGCCGGUUGCUGAGGUGCCGGAGGACAUGAGGCCCGGGCCUACUAGGCAGGCCGUAGGCCAAGCCCGCGACAUCCUGUCCACGUUUCGCUUGUUUUUCACACCCGAGAUAGAAGACAUCAUCCUGGAGAUGACCAAUCUGGAGGGCGUUCGAAAAUACGGAGCCCGAGGCGACGGCGACGACGGCGACGACGACCACCGCCACUACGCCGACGACGACCACCACGAAGUCCACGAAGACCGCGAAGACCGCGACCGCGGCGGCGGCGGCCGCUGGAAAGCGAUGGACUCCACAGACCUGCGAGCCUACGUAGGGCUGCUCAUCCUAGCCGGCGUGUACAGGUCCCGAGGCGAAGCGGCCUCUAGUCUCUGGGACGCCGAGAGCGGAAGGACCAUUUUCCGCGCAACCAUGCCGCUCAAAGUCUUUCACGCUUACUCGAGACUCCUUCGCUUCGACGACCGCCAGACCAGAGCCGAGAGACGCGCAGCAGGCGGCGGUGACAAACUUGCGGCCGUGAGAGAGGUCUGGGACAAGUGGGUCGAGAGGCUGCCGCUCCUCUACAACCCCGGGGCCGACGUGACGGUGGACGAGCAACUGGUCCCUUUCAGAGGCCGAUGUCCUUUCCGCCAGUAUAUCCCAAGCAAGCCGGCCAAAUACGGCAUCAAGACAUGGGUGGCCUGCGACUCCAAAUCCAGCUACGCCUGGAAGAUGCAGGUCUACACCGGCAAGGCCACAUGCGGAGGCCCCGAGAAGAACCAGGGGAUGAGGGUCGUGCUCGAUUUGACGCAGGGACUCAGGGGUCACAACGUCACCUGCGACAAUUUCUUCACCUCAUACGAGCUCGCGCGCCAGCUCCUGACCAGGAACGUCACCGUGGUCGGCACAGUCAGAAAGAACAAGCCAGAGCUCCCGCAGGCGCUGCUCGCCUCAAAGGACAGGCUCCUCUUCUCCUCCAAGUUCGCCUUCACGCCCACCACCGCUCUAGUGUCCUACCUGGCAAAGAAAAACAAGAACGUCUUACUCCUGAGCACGCUGCACACCGAGGCUCACGUUAGCCGUCGCCAGGACAAGAAGCCGGCCAUCGUCCUAGACUACAACAGCAACAAGGGAGGUGUGGACAACCUAGACAAGGUGAUUGGAACCUACAGCUGCAGGAGGAUGACCGCGCGCUGGCCCCUGGUCAUCUUCCACAACAUCCUUGACGUGUCCUCUUACAACGCUUUUGUCAUAUGGCGAGAGCUCAACCCCACUUGGAUGCCUGGCAAGCGAAACAAGAGGAGGGUGUUCCUCGAGCAGCUGGGAAAGGCACUAGUGACUCCGUUCAUACAAAGAAGGGCCCGUCUCCCUCGCACCGAAGCCUCUGCGGCGCUCGUCAAAGCUGUUCAGAGGGCUACGUAUCGUGAUCAGCCCCGGCGGGAUCACGCCCCCGCAGCACCGGACCACGCAGCACCACCGGCCCAAGCACCCAACCCCGCACAACCCAGUAAGAGGAAGAGGUGUCAGGUCUGCCCCACAAAGAAGGACUGUAAAACACACACGGUGUGCACCAGGUGUAACAAAUACAUCUGCAAAGGCUGUUCGCACCCAUACUGUCCCACAUGUUCCAACUGGGCCUUUAGUGAGAGGGGGACAGUUCGACCCGGAGGGCACGGCGUGUGUACAGAAUACCAGGACAUGUAA